AUGAGCAAAUGGCAUAAGUCUACAGGCAUCUUCCGAAGCCCUCCACUAAAAGAUCCGCUAAGGCCCAACAGCCUCCCAGCAGUUACUAUACACGAGAAACGAGACGUACUAGUCCGAAAUCUUCUCCAGAACUCGGCAGAGGCAGGAGACAUACCUCUGGACUCCCCAGCAGUGCCUUCCACUAGUCUCUACUUCCCAGAUAUAUCGAUGCUACAAGUGGAGGAGUCAGUACUUCAGGCAGGAAACACAGCCCCUGGCGCAGAUAAAAUCCCAACCUGCAUACUCAAAGUAGCCUGGCCUCUGAUCAAAGAUAAGGUACUAAUGCUAUAUCAAGGACCAAUCGCUCUCCUAUCAGUACUUGGCAAAGGACUGGAGCGCUUGGUGGCACAGAAUAUAGCAUGGAUCUCUAUACACUAUAAAGUAUUAGCAAGGCAACAAUUUGGGGCUCUCCCACUAAGAUCUGCAACUGACCUGACCACAUGCCUAACACAUGAUGUUGAACAAGCACUAAAUCAAGGCAUGACUGCCUCACUCCUUACCCUAGAUGUCAAAGGCGCCUUUGAUUCCGUGCUUCCCGGCAGACUGAUCCGCAGACUACGCGAGCAGGGCUGGCCUACCAAUCUCGUUCUCUGGAUUGCCUCCUUCGCUACUGGAAGAUCAGUUCAGAUCCGACUCGAUGGAGAGAUUGGCCCCUCAACAGACAUUGCCUGCGGUCUUCCACAAGGAUCCCCAGUAUCUGGCAUUCUUUUCAUGCUCUACAUAGCGCCCCUAUUCCGUCUAGGAAACCCAAGGAACAGAUUUGGUUACGCGGACAAUGCAGCCAACCUGGCGAUCUCAACUUCUCUUGCUACUAAUUGCGAAGCCUUAUCAGACUCACUUUAA